AUGUCUUGGUUAUUUAAUAAAGCUUAACAGCCAGCACAACAGCUCAAAUUACCAGCCUAAUUUGCUGAGAAGGUCUUAAAUUUAGAAUUGGAUGUUGACUCUAAUGCUGCUUCAAAAGAUGAGAUUCAAGAACUAUUAUAACUCUAUAGUGUAAUCAAUUACUCCUAAUCUUUUUAGUAAGCCGUAGAAUACUAUUCUUCUAUGAAAUCUGAAAGAUACACAGUAUUUACAAAUAAAAUUCAAACCUUAUUGAUGAAACCUUAUGUAAAUAAAAUCUUGGGAUCAGAAGCCAAAUAGGAAUAAAAAUAAUUUCAAUAGCAAAAUGUACAGAAAGAAUAAAUCAAGAAUAAUAUCUAAUUUAUUUAGCAGAUGGAUAGCAAUAAAUAGGUUUAAUAGAUGAUGACUGCUGCAAUUGAUGAAAAGAUCAAAAUAGAAAAUAUGAUAGCUGACGAUUUUAAAUUAUAAGAUCAUAGAGUCUAAUAAAGAAUGCUAAUGAGAAUAAAGGUACUUUUAUGAUCAAUAAUAAUUUUAAGGAUCCUUCCAAGUACAAUUUGGCUAUCUCGAAAAGUACUUCCUUGAGACAUCUAAAAUUAGACAUUGAAACUUAAAGUUAAUAGUCAACACUACCUGAUAUGUAAGAACAAGGGUUAGAAAGUAUAUCAGAAUAAGCAUUUGAUAAAAUAUCAGAAGCUGAAGCAUAAUAACAGUUUACUGAUUUAAUUAAGAAUGAUAUUGAUUCAACUGAACAAAUAACUCAAACCCAAGAACUGAAUAUAUAAUCUAAUCAGAUUUCCCUACCGAUAAAACCAUCCUAGAUAGAGGAUUAUCAUUAAGCUUAUUUAAAUGAUGAUCCUCAACCUAUUGAUUAAUAAAAUUGGACACCAUAACUAGGAGAUUUUAGUCAUCCAAAAACAAAAAAAGUUAGAGACAUGGUUAACAAAAAUUAAGUUCUUAAGAAAUAAAAAAUGGAACUGAAUAACGUUUUACCAUGUUGA